GGCUGGCCGAACUGCUUAGCUCCGUGAAUCUUGACCUCCACAACGUCAGACCCCACCACGUAGGCACAGCCGCUCAAGCCGACCGAAACAACAACAGCCCUAGGUAAGUUCAAAAAAGGGUUCUUAUUGAUCGCACUGCAGCCGACGAGAUCAUCUACUACUCACAACCCCUCGCGUCCUCGGGCCCAGCUUAGCUGCGAGCUUGCAGCCAACACUGUCCUUCCAGCGUCUCCCCAAUGCAGGCCUGUCAUAAGGAAGUCUGGUUGUUCUCUAUCCUCGCGGUCCACGAUCGCGCUUUACUGCCAACGCAGUCUGCUUCUUCUCCAGUAGCUUGAAAUAAACACCCACCGACUGUGUUAUCGCCCCUCGAUAUGGCCAGCCUCUGUAUCCUUGCGGACGAACUGAAGCUCCUGAUCUGCCACCAUCUCGAUGGCGACGCGAAGAGCCUCAAGAAUCUUGCUCUAACAUCCCGGGCCACCCGUGACUGCGCUCUUGUGGUCCAUAAACAAAAUUCCCUCAUCGAUCUUUCCACAGGCAGUGCUAAAGUGGUGCACAAGGUGAUGGCACACCUACUGGCACUCGCAAGCGACAGUGCCGCGAUUCCACCGAUAUCCACCAUCGCCAGCACAGGUGAUCCGUUUGCGGACACGCUUCUCAAACAUGCAUCGAACUUCACGUCCCUCAAGCUCGACAACAUCGAUACCCUGCGAGAAGACAAGAUUUGGAUCAAUGAUAAGGUGCUUGGGCAGUACAUGUCUCUCAUUUCCAAGCUUGCGCCGGUGACAAUGUACGGAGCUCAGAUAUGGCGCAAGAGGCUUUUGGAAGGAGACAUACGUGAUCUCUUGCAACUUCUUCUGAGAGUUGCGCGUCACAUCACCACGCUCGAGAUGUCAGGCUCCCUAGAAUGGAUGGCGCAGACAGACGUACGGGGCGCCUGCCCUGCGCUUCGUACUCUCAAGCUUGUGGGAAUACAUAACUACACCAUGGAGCGCACUUGCGGUCACAUCCUACGAGUACCGACGCUAGAGGUGCUUGAGUUUGCCAGAAUGGACGUGUCCAUCUUCACGCUCGAUUUCGUUGACACUGCUCAUAAGUUGUCGAUCUCCUCGCUCCACUUCCUUGAGUGCUAUGUAUCUCCCAAAGCGCUGGAAAAGGCUAUCUGCGCUUGCCGUACACUGGAGACAUUUAGGUACACACUCUGUUGGGAGAAGCCGGCACCCGCCUUAACGCACUACAAUAUUGCCAGGCUGAUUAAGAAUCUUGCAUCCCACAGCACUACGCUGAAGCAUGUCACCAUUCUCACUUCGGGGGUGCUGUUGCGCAAUACAUACCGUGACUCAGAUGGACUAGCACAGCUCGAGGUACUAAGGACACUGGCCAUCAGCCAUGAUCUCCUGCAUCCUCUUCACGUCAACGCGGAUGCCGGCCGGCGCAAACCCCGGCAACUCAAGAAACUGUCUAAAGUCCUACUAUCGCUGAAACCGUCGCUCCAACGCCUGGAACUGCACGACUGUGACAAGACGUCGGUGACCAAGACGUUACUCGAUGUCAUGCACCAGAUGGCGGACGUCAGUCCUCUGCCAAAUCUGUGCACUAUCAAGGUCGUGUCUGAGCCUCCGCGCCAUCCACUCCCACACGAGCUGCAGGAGUUGGAAGACUUGACUCGUCGGAUUGGGGGUCUUGGUCGCUCGCAGGCGUUGCGAGAAGCGGCUGCGCGCACUGAACUUCAUCUGGAGCUCGAUCCUUGA